AUGGUAUCAGAGCCAUGGAAGAUCAGCUACGCAGCUGCUAUUUCCGGUGAGACCGGCCAGUCGUCUCGCACACCGGUGAUGAAUCAACCUCCGAUUCAAGCAGCGCCGCAAACCUCCAUACCUCAAGUCGUUCCGCAGAGGAGCGCCACUGAAGAUGUAGAGAAUCCUCUAUAUCUCAACACUAACGAGAAUCCAAAUAGCGUAUUGGUGAGAACUCCUCUCACAGGAAGCUUCAAUUAUGGCUCGUGGAGCAUUUCAAUGCAGGUUCCGUUAGAAGUGAAGAACAAAUGGUCCAUUGUCGACGGAAGCAUCGAAAAACCAGAUAGAAACCAUGGACACUAUGCAUCUUCGAGAAGAUGUAAUCUCAUGAUCAAGUCAUGGAUUCUUAAGGCGGUACAUCCUUCAAUUGCUCAGAGCAUAAUAUAUAUGGAUGACGCAAAAGAGAUCUGGAACGAUCUGAAGAAGAGGUUCUCGCAGCGCGAUCCUCAUCGCAUAUCGAUUUUGCAGUGCGAGAUUUAUGGAUUGAGACAAGGAAACUUGUCGAUCAAUGAGAAUUAUACGAAGUGUAGGUCACUGUGGGAGGAGAUGAACGAGAUGAGGCCACUCCCAAUCUGCAAAUGCAAUCCUCAUUGCUUGUGCUCAGGUGCUCUAAUUGAUGAAGUUCGAAAGGAUCGAGAAAUAGAUCAAAUAAUUCGUUUCUUGCAGGGAUUAAAUGAUGAUUAUAAUCCUUUGAAGUCCAGCGUUUUGGUUCUAGAUCCUCUGCCCGAAAUUCACAAAGUGUAUGUGAUGGCGGAGAAGUUUGAAAAGCAACUCAAUCUCAACAGUUUGAACCUAGAAACCAGCCAUGCCAACUCUAUCCAGAGCAAUCCGAAAGCAACAGAAGAGGUUGUCGCAGCAGUGAAUCAGUACUAUGGCAAAAGGAACAUGAAUUCCGGUGGAAACAAGAGUGCAAAGUGCACGUAUUGUGGCAUGACGGGGCACACCGUCGAGAAGUGUUACAAAAAGCACGGCUACCCACCGGGAUGGGUGCCGGGCUACAAAUCGAAAGGGAAGCAAUCUGCCAUAGCUGCCCCUACUGCUGGUUCCAGUCUUGAUACUGCCUGCUCCAAUCCUGAGAAUAACAUUGCUUCUGAGCAGAUACAGAAGCUGAUUUCACUUCUACAAACACAGAUGGGGCAUAAUCAACCGCCAAUGAGUGCUGCUGUUUCAUUGGUCCCAAAAUUUGACAAACCAGAGGCACAAAAUACAGGCAAGUCUCAUACUGUUUCUCAUGCUAUCAAUUUUGUUAAUCUUGAUUCCACAACUUGGAUCCUUGAUUCGGGAGCAACUGAUCAUAUAGUUUGCUCUCGAGAAUUCUUUAAUGUUUGUCAUGUUGUUCAAGGAGCAAGGGUAAAUCUACCUAAUGGAGAAACAGUCAUAGUACAACAUAUGGGAGAUAUCAACCUGGGAAAGGAACUUUGGCUACGAAAUGCCCUGCACAUCCCACAGUUUAAGUUCAAUAUAGUUUCAGUAAGCAAGCUCAUCAAAGAUUCCUCUCACACUUUAAUAUUUGAUUCUGGACAGUGCCGGAUUCAGAGCGAUGGGAGAACAACUGAUUUUGCUAGAGAGGAUAGAGGCCUAUAUCUGCUGCUUCAACCACAAAAAAUCAGCUUACAUAGCAACUCUAUUGUGCAAUGUAACAGUGCUAUGGCUACCAUUGAGUUGUGGCACAAACGUUUAGGGCAUUUCCCAUUUAAUAAAAUUCAUCUCCUUUGUGAUAUUCCCAACUCUCAGUCAAAAAUGGAUCCAUGUGAUGUAUGCCACUAUGCUAAACAAAAACGCCUCCCAUUUCCCUUGAGCAGUACAUCAUCAAAAGCCAUUUUCAAUCUAAUUCAUGUUGAUAUUUGGGGCCCGUUUCCAGUGAAAUAUAUGGGAGGGGAGAGGUAUUUCUUAACCAUCGUAGACGACUAUUCAAGAUACACUUGGAUUCAUCUCAUGAGAAACAAGUCUGAGACCCGAGAAAAGUUGAAAAAUUUUCACAAGCAGAUACAUACUCACCAUGGCCUAGCUAUUAAAACUCUGCGCAGUGAUAACGGAAUGGAGUUCAACUUGGUGGAUUUCUUUGCUGAACAUGGCAUCAUUCAUCAAAGGUCAUGCGUCCAUACACCCCAACAAAACGCGGUGGUCGAACGCAAACACCAUCAUAUCAUGAGUGUGGCAAGAGCUCUUCGAUUUCAAGAAAAAUUACCUCUUGAAUUCUGGGGAUUAUGUGUAAUGCAUGCUGCGUUCAUCAUCAACCGGCUUCCUUCUUCAGUGACUGAUUGGAUUAGUCCCUAUCAAAAACUCUAUGGAGAGAAACCGACCCUUGAGAACAUCAAGAUAUUUGGAUGCUUAUGUUACGCAGCCACACUGCCUAAUCAGAGACACAAGAUGGCUUCACGCAGCAGGCGAUGUGUCUUCGUUGGACAACUCAACGUUUAUAUCUAG